UUUUGAUUGGCAGCGGAGCACUGAGCUAGGUGCUAUUCAAGUUUGGCUGCCGCAUCUACGCUCACAUAACUACACGAUGGAUGUUAUCCCGCCGGAACUUCUUCGCUUAUCUUCCUUUUGUAAAUUGUGCUCCACUUUUUCCAAUGCGUACUGACCUGCACAGCAUUAUUGCGAUCGCUCAUCAACUUCCUCAUACCGGAGAGAUACAUUGUCCGCAUCCCAUCAUGAUCUUCUCUUUCAAUCAGAUCAACGCAUUCAAGCUGGACCGAAAUCGCAAACAGUUUUCCCUGCGACCUCUUUAUGCGACGACAUUCAACGGAUUUCAAGGGCUGACGCUUGAAAAAGCUGUGCUUGACCUGCGCACAUAUUCGUUCACACACGGACAGCUAUACACCGCGCAUUCAAGAGUAUGACGUCGCUGAGACAUUCGAACGAUAUUUCCAAGAUAAGAAAACCAACAGCAAACGUAAC